AUGGAGCGACGUGGCCGCUCCCGGGAUGUCUCCCCCAUCGCGCUCGCCCGCAAAGCGAACGAAGACGCGGUCCGAGCGCGAACAGCAGCGCUGACACAAUCACCAUCUAAUCCUCAUUAUCUCUCCCCACACGACGCGUCGUUGCCACCCAAGCCACGCAAACGCGCCACACCUCCCGACAACAUGGCCACCCCUGCACACCCAGUGGCAUCCUCCUCCCGUCUGCCACCCACAUCUUCCUCCCGUCCGCCACCCGCACCUUCAUCCUCGCUAUAUCCUCCUCUUGCUGAUCCCGCAGACUCGCCGCCUUCCCGAACCAACUCCUCCAGCACCGUCGCGUCGGUCUCGCCCGAACCCACCCCGCUUGGUCCGCUGACCCCUCCGGACUACAUUGAUCCGUUCUACAAACAUUAUUACCACUCACCUUCAGCCACAGUGGAUUACUUCGACCGCCCGCCCUCUCCACCUCGGUCCUUGAAGGACCAGAUGCAAGUCGCAUAUGCCCUCGACGACAUGCACUUGGCCAAGGUCCUCUACCUCAGACUCCAAGGCGUCGAGGUCACUGGCGACGACGACCCUCGCAUAGCUGCCGUCAAGGACGAGGACUUCUCCACGUCGUUUGUCCCGUGUGGCAAACUCGAGUUGGACGAGAAUGUGGCCCGUCGAUGUCGAGAAGAGGAGCGGAGGGAGCGGGAGAGAAGAAAGCGGGCGCAGCGGGAGGCGAGGCUACGCGCAUGCGAGCGUAUAUGGGAGGUCAACGCUGCAUGGUUGCGAGAGGAGAGUGCGAAGGUGGCGAGGCGGAAGGAAGAGCAGGCGUCGUGGAGAAAGCGACUGUCGAGGGAGGCUAGGGAACGCGAGCGUGAGCGUGAGAGGGAAGCGAGAGAGCGUGAGCUCGAGACGCUACGCCACACCAGACAGGUGCGGUUCAGCGCCCUGACACAGCGGCCAUUACUCGAUUACAGCACCCUGUCCCACGAGCGCUCCUCCCAGCGACCCUCACCAUCCCGCUCCCUCGAGGAGGACCCCCUGCAAUACUCGCUCAUGCCAUGCAACAUCUCCCACCAUUCCCCGCCUACCCCCCACAGCGUCUCUCCUCCCGAUCACAACUCUCUUACCCUCCAGCGCCUUCAGCACGAGUUUGCGCUGAGUCUCAGCCGCACGGUGCGUUUCGCCGAGGUUGUGGCCAGCAUGCACGGUCCGCUGUUCCCGAAGGACGAUGCCCCGACCCAUCGAUCGCAGGCUCGCAUGAGCCGAUCUCAGCGGGAGCUCUUCGACAGCCUGUUCGACUCGGAUGACCGCGAGGACGAGCGCGCGCUCGCCAAGGGGAAGGCACGAGAAGGUCCGAGGGCGAAGCGGGCAAGCAUGCAGGCUGAAGCCAUUGGGCGGGGAUGCGUCGCAUGCUCAUUGGGCACGCGAUCUUCAUCGUCCGUCCCUGGAACCGGGUCGGCGAUCUCCUCAUCUGCAUCGACCAUCACCCGGUCCAACUCUUGGUUCUCCUUCGGUAGCCGUAGUUCAGUGUCCACCGCUCUAACGACGCCUUCCUCCUCCCUGCUCUCCUUCAAGUCCCCCUCCCAAUCGUUAUCGCCUAUCUUGCCGUCCUCUGUCCUCCACACGGAGCCGGAGUCGAUUAGACACUGCUGCCAUCGCGCCCUUGAGCGGGUCCCUACGUCCGACGACCCAUUGCGCCCGGCUGCCUCUGCCUCUGCGAACCACCAGAGGGAAGCAGGGGAUGCCACACCCAGCCGUGGCCGUGCUCGCACACGAGGCUCCGGCCGGCUUGCUUCCAUACCGGAGUUGCAGUUGGUAGAAGACGGGCUGGUGAAGCGAGUAGGCCGCUCAGUCUCGACGCUCAUGGACAUGGCGGCGCAGUUCCAAAGGGCAUACGUGAAGGCCACGCUGUUCAGCGUGGGCACCGACUUCUCUCGGUCCCGCUCUGACUCCCGCGGCAGCUCCGGCUCCCGCUCGCCUCCCCGCUCUCCCUGGCGGACCCGGCGAGCCUCUGCACCUCCGCUCAUCACCACGCGGCCUGGCAAGCUGCGCCCAGAGGGCUACCGCGCACUCGUCUUCGACGUGACCGUCCUGCUCGGUGCCGCGGCGGACGACGAGCUCUCGGGCGCGCCGCACCCGACGCGCACGCUCAUCCCGCUUGCGCUGCGCCUCCCCGGCGCCGAGGGGAGCCCGUGCCACGGCCGCGUCUUCCCCGCGCCCGCGCAGCCCCCGCGCUCGCCGUUCCGCGCGGCGUCGCCGCAGCCCGGGACACCGAGUCACCCGCGGCUGCGCCCCGUCGCGAAUCCUGUGCUGCUCCGCCUGCAGGCGCUGCAGAAUAUCUGCGCGGUGCGCGCGCUCACGUGGGAGGGCCGCCCGCACGAGGGGCGCAUGUGCGCGGGCAAGGAGAAGCUCGUCGGCAUUGCGUGGGAGGGCAUCGGGCGGAGCAGCCUCGGGUGGGAGGUGACCGCGGUGGUGUGUUAA